GCCAUGAGGAAUAGCACAGAAGUGACAGAGUUUAUCCUCAUGGGGUUAACAGAUGACCCCAAUCUCCAGGUUCCCCUCCUUUUAAUAUUUUUAUUCAUCUACCUCGUCACCCUGACUGGGAAUGGGGGGAUGAUGGUGAUCAUCUACUCAGACUCCCAUCUUCACACACCAAUGUACUUCUUCCUCAGCAACCUCUCCUUUGUAGAUCUGGGUUACUCAUCAGCUGUGGCUCCCAAGAUGGUGGCUGCACUGCAGUCAGGGAACAAAGUCAUCUCCUACAAUGGGUGUGCAGCUCAGUUCUUCUUCUUUGUGGGGUUUGCGACUGUGGAGUGCUACCUCCUGGCUUCCAUGGCCUAUGACCGCCAUGCAGCUGUCUGCAGGCCUCUUCAUUACACCACCACCAUGACCACGGGGGUGUGUGCCUUCCUGACCCUCGGCUCCUAUGUCUGCGGCUUCCUCAAUGCCUCUAUCCAUGCAGCAGACACCUUCAGACUCUCCUUCUGUGGUUCCAAUGAGAUUAAUCAUUUUUUCUGUGACAUCCCCCCACUUCUGGCUCUCUCAUGCUCCGACACACGCAUCAGCAAGUUGGUUGUCUUUUUUGUGGUGGGCUUCAAUGUCUUUUUCACCCUCCUGGUCAUCCUGAUUUCUUACCUCUUCAUAUACAUUGCCAUUCAGAGGAUGCGUUCUGCUGAAGGACGGAAGAAAGCUUUCUCCACCUGUGCUUCCCACCUCACCGCCGUGUCCAUCUUCUACGGCACCAUCAUCUUCAUGUACUUACAGCCAAACUCCAGCCAGUCCAUGGACACUGACAAAAUAGCGUCUGUGUUCUACACUGUGGUGAUCCCCAUGCUGAAUCCCUUGAUCUACAGCCUUAGGAACAAAGAAGUGAAAAGUGCUCUCUGGAAAACACUCAGCAAACUUUACCCCCAAUCCUUAAGUGUGAAGAGGAAGUCAGCAAGUCACUAA